CGAAAUGGGGGAAUAAAAGCUAAAUUUUGAGACUUAUUCCAAGAGUUAAGGUUAGUCUUAAAGAUAGCCAUCAAUUUAAAUAGUAAAUAAGAGAAAAAGAAAAAGAAAAGCACCACCAGGCACCAAAAUAGCAAAGAUAAAAACAGCAAAAGCUCUCUCUCUCCCUUUACCAACUUAGUUUAGCAGCUGCUAUAUCUCUGACCACCCUAGCUAUAAGUCCAUAACUUUUCUUUCUUUCUUUCCAUGGCUCCACUCUCACUCUCCAACCAGCACCCAUUAAUCUCCUCUCUCUUCUCCUCACACCCAUUGUCAUAGUGAUGGAUAUGCUUGGAAUUCUGGCGGUGGACGGAGCAAAUUCUCCGACGUCUUCCAGCACAACAUGGUGUGUGGCUAGGAGUGAUGCGAGCACACAGGCUCUUCAGACAGCCUUGGACUAUGCAUGCGGAGCUGGAGCGGACUGUUCUCCAAUCCAAUCCGACGGACUAUGUUAUCUCCCAAACACCAUCCAAGCUCAUGCCUCUUAUGCCUUCGACAGUUAUUACCAGCGCCAGGCUAAGGCCCCUGGUUCUUGCGGCUUCUCCGGCACUGCCACCAUUGCCCAAACAGACCCCAGUUAUGGAUCUUGCGUGUACCCAUCUUCUACAAGGUAUGUUGCUCUUGCCCCUUCUUUUAAUUUCUUUUACCAAAAAAUAUAGUCUUAGAUUUUAUUCCUAGGAUGCACUAUUUCAGUGGAUGACUAAAUUUAUGUGUUUUAAUCUAAACGUUACAAUCUAGCUGUAUAUUAACAAUUGAAUCUCAUAAACCAAUGUAAUGUAUGAAUUUCUAGUUUAGUUUGAGUACAUUUCUUCAUUGAAUGUUUUGAUAAUUUGAUAUGGUGAUUGAAAUUAAGUUUCUUCAUGUUCACGCAAUUGGAUCUUUCUCUUUUUCUUCGUUAGAAAUUUUAGGAGAUUAGAAAAUAAAGACAUGGCUUUAUAUGAUGAAUAUUGAGAAGAAAAACAC